AUGAGUUUGGUGUUUCGCGACCAUCAGAUUCUGGUUAUUUCGCCAGGGUCCCUGACGACGCAAGCCCAGAUGGGAUUGGCAGAGUCGCUGGUGCCUGCGCUCCUCGAGACCCAGACCAAGGUGUAUCGUGAUGGCUCUCGGUUCGCGACAACCGGUAGCGAGGACCAAGCGGUUUGGCCCCUCAAACAGGGCGAGAUUGCCGACGAAGCUGCUUUCCACUUCUUCCUCAAGUCGGUUUAUAAGUCUGCUGUGCGUGCAGAUGCUGUUUUGCCUCCUGCUCUGUAUCUUGUAUCAAGCGUCGCCUGGAACCGUCGCCAACUCGAAGGGCUCACGAGAUAUCUGUUUGAGGAGGUCGGUGUUCCCGCUCUGUCGGUGUGCAUGAGUGGAGUGACAAAUGCUUAUGCGUAUGCCACGGCCAAUGCUCUUGUAAUUGAUGUUGGCUUCGAGAAAACUGAGAUUUCGGCGGUGGUCGAUUCUGAAGUCAACCUGCACGCGUCCAGAAUUGCUCCAUUGGGCGGUAACAGUAUUAAUACACGCUUGUCACAGCUUCUUCCCGAUCUGAGUGAAACCCAAGUCGAGGAUCUCAAGCUGUCUGGUAUUGUAGAGACCCUCUUGGGCGAUACCACUUUGGCCGAGCAGGCUGAAGCGGAGGUGCGUGGAAAAGGCGAGGAAGAUGAGGGCGUCAUCGACGUCGCAGCAAUUGUUUCCUCAGGCCGCACAAGAGAGAUUCUGGAACAGCGCGAACGCGAAUUGAAGGGCCAGGUGCCCGAGAAAAAGGCCAACGCGGAUCUUGACCAAAACACGUUCACCGACAGAGACGGCGUCGAGCACACUGUCGGACGCGAGCGAUUCAACAUUGGCCAUAAGCUGAUUGCUAGUAUUAUUGACACAGUUGCUCUAGUGCAUGCUGACCUCAAGCCGCGAGCUCAGCAGCAAGCAUGGGAGCAUGUUAUUAUCACCGGACGGGGUUCAGCGGUCCCUGGCUUCAAAGUCAAGUUGCUGGCCCGCUUAGAAGAAGAGUUUUUGGUUUCCCGGCCGCCUCUUAUGCCCGAGCCUAUUCCUAAUGAUGCAGCCACUAUGGGCCGUCAGACGCCUUCUGAUUCGGACUAUCUCACACAGGUGCCUACCACCAUCCGGCUCGCAAAAAUGGCCGACCACUUCCCUGAAUGGAAACCCAAAGGAUGGGACACCGCAGGCUUUUUGGGCGCCCAGAUCGGUGCCAAGCAAACCUUCACAUCUGGCUUUGAAAACCUGUUUCUCUCAAGACAAGACUAUAACGAAGUAGGGCCCUCUGCUGCUGCCGACUAUUGA